AUGGCUGGAACUGAGAGAGAAGUUGCCUUCCGCAAGCAAAGGCGUGACUAUACAAAGCGUACAAAAAAGAACCAUAUCCGUGAAGGAACCAAAAUCACUGUUAAAAAGCAAGAGAGAUUCAUACGUCCUGAAUCAUUAGUAUCUAAAAACCGCCAGUUACAGACUGACAAAAAGAAAUUCCUAGCUAACACAAAGCGCCCAGUUAGCAAGAAUUUCCCACAGCCAUCUGAGGAGGACAAAAUUGCACUUGUUGUUCGUGUCACACCAAAGAAAGAGUAUUUAUGCAAGGAAGUUCGUACAAUUCUUACAGAAUAUCGCUUAAAUGAUCAGUUUGAUGGCGUUUUUGUUGCUCUUACACAAGAAAAUCGUCAGAAACUUAAAUCAAUCGCCCACACAAUUGUUUACGGUGUUCCUACUGUUGAAUUCAUCCGCCAGCUCAUUCACACACGCGCUUUCACAGUUAAAGAUAACAAUGAAAUCGCUAUUAACUCAAACAAAUUAGUUUCAGAGGCACUUUCAGAUAAAGGCCUUGAAUGCCUUGACGAUAUGGUCCAUUCCAUUUCUUCGGCUGAUGACAAUGCUACAGCAGUUGCAGCAUUUCUCGCUCCUUUCCACUUCAACAAGAUCGAUGUCUCAAAGCCAAGACUUCUUGCAAGCCAGGGAGGUAUCUCUGGAUGGACUGCUGAUAUCCAGGACUUCAUUUCUAAGAUUAUAUAA